AUGAUUGUUGACGCCAACCACAAUAUCAUGAUUCAGUCAGAAAUGGCUAAUGCAAACGACUCUCUUAUAGAUAGCCCUCCGUCGUACGAUGUUGCCACAGACGCAUACCCUGCGGACAAGAAUAAACCUCAGGCGGUUGCCCCGCCGACCACAAAUGAGAGUCAAUCGUUGACGCCUUACAACGCGUCAACGACGUCACAGCCCACCAUGGUACCUUCGCCCACAGUGUACAAUUACACAAAUCCGAGGACGGGAGAGCGCAUUGUGUCUCUGCUACCCCCAAACCAUCCAGAGAUGAUCUGCUUACAGGAAGGAAUGCAUGUGCCACACACAAGAUAUGGCUUACUAGGUAUCCUAGCAGCCGUAUUUUGGUUCCCAUUGGGCAUUGGUCUUUGUCUUCUAGACCGCCGAGUAAGGUGCACCCGAUGUGGUCUCCACAUCGACGAUGGUAUCUGUGCCUGGAUUUCCGAGACGACCUCUACUCUUUUCACGAGUCAUGACUGUCUUUACCAUCAUCAUCCAACCUUUGCUCUUUUCAUUCAGUUCAUCGGACUUUUGUCUAUAAUAUGCACCAUUGUACCGUAGUAUAUUCUUCAGCACUGUUCUAUAUCCAAUC